AUGUCCCACCAACCAUCAACCAUCGACGCAAUCAAAGCAACCGCAUCCUCCACCUACGAAACCAUCACCAACAAAUUCACAGCGCAAGACCCACCCCCCAAUCCAGAUAAAGACCCCUCAAACUACGCCCAGGAUGCACAUGGGAAUACAUUCCGCAAGGGGGAUCUCAAGGAUCAAUUGAACGCUGCUGCUACUGGAACCAAGCCCGAGGGACAGAAGAGUGGUGAUAGUUUAGUUGAGAAGGGCGUAACUAUGUUGCAGGAAGCUACUUUCGAACAAGGUCCCGAGAGAAACAACAACAGCAGCAAGAAUGAUCGGAAAUCUAGUACCGAUGCACCGCCGAGGAGACCAGAUAAUGACGUGCAGGUUGAGGAGUUCUUGAGGGACCAGUAUAAGAGUAAGAAUUCGAAAGAUAUGUCGAAGGUGGGGAGUGGUAAAGAUUGA